AGUCUGAGAAACACACGAGGACGAUGAAAUUGGACGAACUGAUCGAGGAAUUACACAUCCUUUUUGACAAGGAAAAAGUAAAUAUUGAUGCCGUAAAGCAGACGAUGGAAUCUUACAAAUCCAAUUUCGACGAUUGGGAAAAGUAUGCACACUUUAGUCCGCAUAGGUAUACUCGGAACCUGGUCGACCGAGGAAAUGGAAAGUUUAAUUUGAUUUUGUUGUGUUGGAGUGAAGGCCAAGCUAGUGGCAUUCAUGAUCAUUCAAAUUCCCACUGUUUCAUGAAGAUCAUGGAAGGGCAGUUAAAGGAAACACUGUACUCAUGGCCACAAAACAAUGACGUAGAAGAGUCCCUCAAUGUUCAAGAGUGCAAUUAUUUUAAGAAAGAUGAAGUUGCCUACAUUUGUGAUCAAAUUGGUCUUCACAGAGUUGAGAAUGAAAGUCAUUCUAAUGUUGCUGCUUCCUUGCAUCUUUAUUCACCACCUUUUGACUUUGCUUGCUCAUUUGAUGAACGCACAGGAAAGGCAUUUCAAUGUCCCGUCACAUUUUACAGUGAGGGAGGAGAAAUUGUCAAGAGGAAAUGAAAAUUAUGAAGGAGUGAACAAAUUCUCAAAAUGUUCAGUGUGAAAUAAUUGUUUUCAUAUUUUGAAAAACUGAAUUGUACAAAGUUUAUUUUAA